AUGGAUUAUAAAGUGUUUGGAAACUAUCGAGGACUGCAGAAAACUAACAAUGUUGAAUGUAAACAAGUGAUGGAUAUAAACAAGUAUUCCAACUUCCUCCAGAAUGAAUUCUUCUGCUCCAUCUGCAUGAGGUAUUUCAUAGAUCCAGUCACCAUAGGCUGUGGGCACAGCUUUUGCAGGCCCUGUCUCUGUAUCCGCUGGGAGGAAGCCCCAAAUCCUCCUUGCUGCCCCGUGUGCAUGGAAUCAUCAUAUGAAAUGAACUUUAAAACCAACAUAGUUUUGAAGACACAAGUGUUCCUCGCCAGAAGAGCAAGACUCUCCUAUUUACCAAGUUCUGCACAACAGAUGUGUGGGAUACACAUGAAAACAAAGAACUUCUUCUGUGAAGUUGUCAAAGACAUACUCUGCUUGCUCUGCUGCAAGUCUAAGGAGCACAAGGCUCACAGACACUGUUCCAUUGAUUGGACUGCUGAGGAAUACCGGGGUUAUGUGAAUCUACGCAGGAAGAUGAUCCAUGCUGAAUAUCGAAAGGUGCAUCUAUUGCUCUAUGAAGAAGAGCAAAAAUAUUUAGAGAGGCUAGAAAAGGAAAGCAAAGAGAUUUUUCAACAACUCCAGGAAAGUGAAAACACUAUGGCCCUGAAGGGGAAACUCCUACGGGGAAUGUAUGAGGAGCUGAAGGAAAUGUGCCAUAAACCAGACAUGGAACUGCUCCAGCAUUUCACAGACCUGAUGAAAAGGAGUGAGUUGGUGCAGCUGCACGUGCCCCAGCCACUGAACCCAGAGAUCAGUUCGUGGCCCAUCACUGGAUUGAUAAACAGGCUCACUCGUUUCCAAGUGUAUAUUUCGUUGGACCAUGAAAUAGUCACUUGCCAUGUUCCCGUGUUUGAAGAUCUGAGACGUGUGCUCUUUAGCGGUGAUCAUCUCGAUGUGGACCACAAUUCAACAAGAUCUAAGAGUUUUCUUGCCUGGGGAGCCCAGACCUUUAUAUCUGGCAAAUAUUACUGGGAGGUGGAUGUGGGGCACUGUUGGAACUGGGUUAUUGGACUUUGUAAUGAUUCUUGGACAAUGAGCAACGACAUGCUGGUUAGCUCCGAGGGAAUUUUUCUACUUUUUUGUGUCAAAGAGAACAAUCAGUACAGUCUCUUUACCUCAUCCCCACUCUUACCUCAGUAUGUAGAAAGACCUCUAGGACACGUAGGGGUGUUUCUGGAUUAUGAACUCGGUGUAGUGAGCUUUGUUAAUGUGAAUAACGGUUUCCCGCAUCUGAGUCCCGACACAGACGCCGCCGGCAGGUCACGUACCUGUGCGAACACCCGGACCACCACCUUCCAGCACCACCAUUUCCUUCAAGAGCCUCCAGGACCCCUUGGCACCGCCAGUCGCUCCAGACAGGACUGUAAAUUCCUAGAGAACCGCUCAUUUCACGCCCUAAAGUCUCCCUGGGAAACCUUCCUGGGUGAGGGACGCGAAGGCCUUUCCUUGGACCCUCCUGAGAUCAAGUCCUUGAGAGUGAGGAGCCCGCAGCGAACCCCACGUUCCUGA